GCAAUCCGAUCUCACUCAAUUAAUAAUUAAUAAUUAAUUAAUAAUAUUAUCCCACUCAAUUCCCUUCCCCUUCCCUCGGUUUCUCCUGUUUUUUACAGCAAGCAGGCUCAUCGCUUCCGUUUAGAUCCCAAUGGCGAUCCUGUACGCGCUAGUGGCAAGGGGAUCGGUGGUGCUAGCGGAGUUCAGCUCUACAGCAACGAACGCAAGCGCGAUUGCUAGGCAAAUACUGGAUAAGAUACCUGGCAAUGAUGAUAGCAAUGUCUCUUACUCUCAAGAUCGUUAUAUUUUUCAUGUUAAACGCACCGAUGGCCUCGCCGUUCUUUGCAUGGCCGAUGAAACCGCCGGCAGAAGAAUUCCGUUUGCAUUUCUUGAGGACAUUCAUCAGAGAUUUGCCAGGACUUAUGGACGUGCAGUUAUUACAGCUCAAGCUUAUGCCAUGAAUGAUGAGUUCUCAAGAGUUUUGAGCCAACAAAUGCAGUACUACACUAAUGAUCCGAAUGCAGAUAGGAUAAAUAGACUGAAAGGUGAAAUGAGCCAGGUGCGAAAUGUUAUGAUUGAGAACAUUGACAAAGUUUUGGAGAGAGGUGAUCGCUUGGAAUUGCUGGUAGAUAAAACCGCCAACAUGCAAGGAAACACCUUACGUUUCAGAAAGCAAGCUCGUCGUUUCAGCAGCGCAGUAUGGUGGAGAAAUGUCAAGCUCACGGUUGCUUUAAUUUUACUACUUCUAGUGAUUAUCUACGUUGUGCUGGCCGUUGUAUGCCAUGGAGUUACACUGCCUACAUGCCGAAAGUAAAGAGCAACUUUUGAGCGAUCUGGUGUGCUUUGUGCUUGCAUUUUUUUAUUAAUUAAUUUAUUUUUCUCAGUAAAGAGCAACUUUUGAGUGAGAUCUGGUGUGCUUUGUGCUUGCAUUUUUUUAUUAAUUAAUUUAUUUUUCUCGGUUUUUCUGUUUGAAAUUUCUCUCCUCGGAGUUGUAUUAAAUUUCUUCUUUCAGGCAAUGUGAAAUACUUGAAUUAUCCGGGCCUGUGCUCGCACUUCUUGUUAACAGACUGCCCUUGUGGAAACAAAGUGAUGCAGGCUGUAUGUUUAUUGAAGCAUGUGAUUGAUAUAAUAGUUAUUUGAGUACCAA